AAUGCUGAAGAUGGAAUUUUGGAAGAAGUAAAUUGGGAAGACGAAGUUUUACAGACUAUUGAGGAUUUAGGAGAAAAAAGAACAAGGAAGGAUAAAAGUUACAAAGAAAGCCGAUUAGCUGCUAAAGUGAUGUCUUUACUUUUUAUUACUAUUGGUGAAAGCGAAGAAACUAUGUAUCAUAAUGUACUAUCUUUAUUAAAAUAUACAACAACAAAUAAUACAUCAAAGGAAGUCAAGUGUGCAACGUUGAGUUUAACUUGCUUUAUUGCAGCUUCAUACGCUGAUGCCAUAGAGCUUCUCGAUUUUUUUAACGAAAUUAUAUUGACUAAUGGUAAAAGCGUUAAUGCGAAUAAUGAAGGAGGUGUCAUAGAAAGCGCUCUAAAUGCUUAUGGCUUACUGUUUUCUGGGCUAUGGAGUGAUAACAAAAGAGGAUCAGAUAAAGCCAGAGAAGAAUUUGAACGUAUUAUGCCAAGUCUUAUUAAACAGCUUGAAUCUAGUACUAUGGAGGUUCGCGUUGCUAGUGGUGAAAUUAUUGCGCUGAUGUUUGAAUCUUUAGGAAUUGGAAAAGAAAGUGGCACAGGGGAGAAUUGGGGUCAAUCACCAGAUGAC